AUGUCAGACGACAUCAUUGAUGUCUGGGAUUAUAAUUGCGAAGAAGAGAUGCAUAAAAUCUCGCACUUAGUAGAGCAUUUCCAUUUCGUUGGAAUGGAUACAGAAUUUUCAGGAUUCUUUAUUAAAUCUCCUCCUGUAACAGCAACACCAACAGUUAAAUAUUUAACAGAACGAGAAAAUGUUAAUAGAAUGAAAUUAAUACAAAUUGGUAUAACUCUUGGAGAUGAAAAUGGAAAUAUUCCAAAACCAAUAUGCACAUGGCAAUUUAACUUACGAUUUAAUAUUAAAAAUGAUAUGCACACGUCAGAUUCAAUUAAUCUCUUAAAACAAGCCGGAAUUGAUUUUGAUAAAUUCGAAAAAGAUGGAAUAGAGAUGGCAGAUUUCGUUUCAAUGCUUAUUGCAAGCGGAUUAGUAAUGAAUGAUAGGGUUAUUUGGAUUACAUUCCAAGCUGGUUAUGAUAUUGCUUAUUUAGUCAAACUUUUAUCAGCACAACCAUUGCCAAAGACCGAAGCUGAAUUCGAAAAAGUUACUAGAUUAUAUUUCCCUCAUUAUUACGAUCUUAGAUAUAUAAUGCAACAAACAAUCCACAAUGUUGGCUCAUUACAGAAUGUUGCCAAAGAUUUUGAUGUUGUUAGAUCAGGAACUAUGCACCAGGCUGGCUCAGAUUCCUAUGUUACGCUACUUUCUUAUUAUAAAGCAAUGGCCAAGCAUUUUGGAGGUGUUUUGCUGAACGAAAGAUAUAGAAAUAAGGGUCUUAAAUAA